UAAAAAAAAAAAAAACGCCGCGUAAACCAAACAGGCAAAUACCGAGGACACCAAUGUGUCAUCUUAUUGUGAGGAUCCCUGGGGCCUGAUGUAAUGUAGGUCUAUGUACUCCUCUCCAGUCAGGCAGUGCCGUGGACACCUAUGUGAAAAGGCACCAUCUGAUAGCUAGUGUACGGACGGUGCAGGCAUCGCCGGGGGCAGCUAUGUGAGAGGCUUCCCGGCUCACAUGUGGGUCUGGAGCUGUAGACAGGGACCGGGGAGAUGAUGAAGAUCCGUCCGGUAUCUCCGGGGAUAGACAGGAGGCUGAAGCAGCGGCUGACACAGUAUUUGAGCAGUAACAAAUGUGGCGGGUACGUGGAUCUUUCUGCCGUGGCCGCCGACCUGCAGAGAACCUACAGUGCAGAAUAUGGAAGAAGAAAACGAAACGCCUUUAGGAUCCAAGUAGAGAAAGUGUUUAAGGUUGUCUGUUCUGAAAACAAAGACGUUGCGGCUCUGGAGGAAACGCAUUUGGCGAAGCGGGCGAGGAGAGGAGCUGACGGAGAUCUUGACAGUCCUUCUGAUGACUCCUCAGACACAGAUGACUUUACAGAUCAGCCGUCCUCCAAUCACAUGAACAGCUCUUUGCUCUCAUUGUACCGGAAAGGAAAUCCUGAGUCCCCCUUGGAGACCCCCUCCAAAGAUGAGGCUCCACACACCAGCACCCCCGCUCCACACAAAGCGACCCCCGCAGAGGCGACAGCGAAAACCUCGGAAAUGAAAAACUCAGGACCUGGAUGGUUUAUAGACAAGACCCCCAGCAAAGCGAUAGAGAAGAACAUCUUCAUCGACCUGUGCGACGAUGGAGACGGGGAACCGAAAACUGAGGAGACAGAGAAAUCCGUGGACACUUCUCUUUUGGAACCUGAGAAGAAAAAAUCCAAAUUAAGGAAAUCUCGGAGAGCGAAGGCCGAUUCCCAGGACGUGGAUGAGGAGAUAAAAUCCGCUCUGAUGAAGAGAGCAGAAACCAUUGAGUUGCAGAAAUCCUCUGUCCGCUUUGAAGAUGUGGGAGGAAAUGAUGACACCCUGACUGAAGUCUGCAAACUAUUGAUUCAUAUGCGUCACCCUGAAGUCUAUCAACAUCUGGGGGUGGUGCCUCCCCGGGGUUUUCUGCUACAUGGACCUCCGGGUUGCGGGAAGACCUUAUUGGCACAAGCAAUUGCUGGGGAGCUGGAUUUACUGAUGAUCAAGGUUGCGGCCACAGAGGUGGUGUCGGGCGUCUCGGGGGAAUCCGAGCAGAAGUUGAGGACUCUGUUUGAACAAGCUGUGAGCAAUGCUCCCUGCAUCCUCUUCAUCGAUGAGAUUGAUGCCAUAACUCCCAAGAGAGAAGUGGCCUCUAAGGACAUGGAGCGGAGGAUUGUGGCCCAGCUACUCACCUGUAUGGACGACUUGAACAAUCCGGCCGUCACGGCUCAGGUUCUUGUCAUCGGAGCCACCAAUCGACCGGAUUCCUUGGAUCCCGCUCUCAGGCGAGCUGGAAGGUUUGACCGGGAGAUCUGCCUUGGGAUCCCAGACGAAGGAGCAAGACUAAAGAUCCUGAAGACGUUGUGUCGGAAACUCAGGCUCCCAGAGUCCUUUGACUUCCAAUGUCUGGCACAUCGGACACCAGGAUACGUUGGUGCGGACCUGAUGGCGCUGUGCAGAGAGGCAGCCAUGUGUGCGGUAAAUAGAGCGCUGAUCCAGUUGCGGUGUCAUCCGGCGGUGGCGUUAGAAGAAGAUCUAACAACAUUGUUACCAGAGGUGAAGCCAGUUCAGAACGAGCUGCAGCGGUUGCUGGAGGUGCUGAUGGAGCAGUCGCCUUUUCCCGAGCAGCAGCUGCAGGGUCUGUGCAUCGAGAUGAACGACUUCCUGACCGCACUCCCCUCGGUGCAGCCCUCGGCCAAGAGAGAAGGCUUCGCCACUGUGCCAGAUGUCACCUGGGCUGAUAUAGGGGCGCUGGAUGAAAUCCGGGAGGAGCUGACUAUGGCCAUACUGGCACCAGUGAGGAAUCCGGAGCAGUUUAAGGCCCUCGGCCUCAUGGCUCCGGCAGGCGUCUUACUAGCGGGACCCCCAGGCUGCGGCAAAACAUUACUUGCUAAGGCGGUAGCGAACGAAUCGGGACUGAACUUUAUCUCGGUGAAGGGGCCUGAACUCCUGAACAUGUACGUUGGUGAAAGUGAACGCGCCGUGCGCCAGGUCUUCCAGCGAGCCUCAAACUCCUCCCCCUGCGUCAUCUUUUUUGAUGAAAUUGAUGCUCUUUGCCCUCGAAGGUCCAGCCACGAAUCCGGGGCCGGUGUCAGGGUGGUCAACCAGUUGCUGACAGAGAUGGACGGCCUGGAGUCUAGACGGCAGGUUUUCAUUAUGGCCGCCACUAACCGCCCAGAUAUCAUUGAUCCAGCUAUACUUCGACCUGGCCGACUGGACAAAACCCUCUAUGUGGGUCUCCCUCCCCCAAGUGAUCGACUCGCCAUUCUGAGGACGUUAACGAAGAACGGUUCCCGGCCACCACUGGGCCCAGACGUUGAUCUGGAAGCAAUCGCCUGUGAUGAAAAAUGUGACUGUUUCACGGGAGCCGACCUGUCUGCUCUGGUACGGGAGGCCUCAAUAAGUGCUCUGCGGAGUGAAGUGUUACAGUCAGAUCCUGCCGUCACUAGAGGUGACCUCCUCGUGUACAAGAAACACUUUGAUGAGGCCUUCAAGAAAGUGAGACCUUCUGUCUCCAAAACGGAUCAGAAGAUGUAUGAGCGGCUCCGCCAGUCCCUCGGUGCAGAAUAGUGCUGGGGAAGAGGAUGGACCGUCAACUGCUGGAGGAUCGUGUCUGUGUGGCAGCUGAGUAAUGUCUGCCAUCCGGUCAGUGCUGGAGAAUCAGUAGACUCCAGGAUGGGGAGAGUCGCAUCAAUGCUUCAUUUACCUGAGAACUGACUUCUGUUUUUUACCUUUUGGUUUUUUUUUGAUGCAGCAACCGGCAGCUCCACAUUCCUUAUCAUCUCUGUACAUAAACAAGGUUGUGGAAUUCACUUGUGUAUUUAUACCGGUCUCCAUAAUUUUACAUUGUCUGGUCUGAAAAUAAAUGGAGAAAAUAUG